ACGUCACAGUAAGCAAAAGCACAAGCGCGGGACUGUACCAAAUAGUGAUGGCCAAACCUGGAAAACGACACAAAAAUCACUAUUUCCCCGCACUAUGGAGCAAAUAACUCACUAAAACAUAUAAUGGAUCACCACUUGUUGUAUCGGCAUGUUUAUAAUUCUGUAAAUUGCCGUUGAUUGCGCAUCACAUCAUGAAAGGCCAGCAGUGCUGUACGAGUAUUUGUCAACAUCCCGAAUGCUGGAAGUCUGAUUUGAAACGCGUAAAAGAAGCUGUCUAUAGGAGAAAUGGCGUUGAAGGGGAAUCCUUCAAUACAGAACCUAGUAAACAGCUAGACCAGGUCUAUUUGACAAAAGAACAGCGACUAGAGAGUAUUGAUGGGAGUCUGCCAACACUCAAAAUAGUAGAUGUAUUUGGAGGACUGGACAUGGGCACAUCUAACAAGCAGCUACCCAGGCCUCAUAGAAGAUCAACAUCGUUGCCUUCACUUUCACCUGAUUCAAGCCGUGAUUCAGAUUAUCAAUCCAGAGCCCAGAGCACAGUUCGAGCACCACACCCUUCUCCAUCUGCCUGUCCGUCUGCGAUGACAGAUUAUAAAAGGCGCAUGUUAUGGAAAAAACAAGUUGCCUCGCGGCAAAGUAGUGCGAAGAGUGAGGGGUGUCAACCGAAUAAGGUCGCACACAUCGGGGUGCAUGAGGUGUAUGAUGACAACGAGUUGAAUCAAGAAUGGCAGGAAGUUUACAUAACAUCGGCAUAUCUUGUUUGGUGCCCUUCCAACAAGAAGAAGAGAAAAAGACGCUCAUCAAGUAGAAGCUCGAGUGGAGGUAGUGUGAGAAAAGGACCCAAGAAGAUUGUGCCAAAAGACGUGACAGAAGAUCUCGUCCCUGCUGCUAUGGAGCCUUUCAAGCCAAGUCGUCCAAAGUCUACAAAAACGCCCACAGGAGGUCAGCCUUACUCACCAUACAGACCUCCUGCAAAGAUGGUCAACGUUGAAACCCUUGAGUUGGAUAAAUAUGGGAUGGAAGACCUGGCUGAUCUGCCACGCCCAGUUCUAUCUGGAAUCCUGCGUCAACUGAAUGCAAGAAAUAUUUCACAGACAGAUGUCACUGCUGAAGUAUCUGAACCAAAAGAUCAAUCAAUCCCAAGAAAACAUGUGAAGAUUGUGGAGAGCGAUGCAGACCUGAUACAGGCAGUUGAACUUGUCACUUCUGAGUCCACAGUCGCUAUGGCGAUUGAAGAAAAUAACUCUCGUGUGAAACUUGCUGUUGAUAUCAACUCAAGUCUUACACCCCCUGUUGAAGACAAAACCUUGGUGAUAGAGAUAGGGGAGGAGCGAGAGAAUAAUGGAAAGAAACAGCUUGUGCUUGUGGAGAAGGAGGGGGAGGGGCAAGUCACAGCACGCGGAGCUCGUCAUGCACUACACAUGCAUAAUAUAGGAAUCCCAAUGGAAGGAAAGCCAAAACAUGUUGUCCAUCACUGCAGCAGUUCUAUCCCGCGCCGUCUCGCUCAACUGGGUGUGGCCAUGGAACCGGUGGAGCUCGUACCCGUCACGCCCAGUCCAACUAGUACACCUAGAGAGGAGUUGACUGUCGCUGUGUCUCGUACGGAGGAACCAUGUCCGCGUACCCCCCUGAACGUUACAAUACCAAGUGGGGGACUGGCUUUGAUUGAUUCCUACUACGAAUCUGAUGACAUGUCGAGGGAGUUCUCUGCAUACAGGUUUUCCCCGUCUCCGGUUCGAGCGCCUGCCCCAACGCCAAUCAGCCCGGACAAGUCUUACGACCACUUCCGCCAAUACUCGCGCACCUCCCAGUCACAUGACCGCCUCAAAUACUCCUCGGGAUCGUACGGACGCAGCUCGGCACAAGACGACGACUCCUCGAAGCAAAUGCGGCGCUGGGAGACCCUCAGUAGCGUUUACGACGCGGAGGAAAGCAUGGGGGAGGGGAGGGAGAUUGCUGCUGGCAAAGAGCUGAUCAUUCAGGAAGAGGACCGUUCGGUCGAGUUAUCGGAGAGUGUGUUUCUGACCGAGGGGCCACUGGAAGAGCCUUGUGACACACCUCGUCAAAGUAACAGUGAUUGGGCGCAGGAAAAGAUGAUUGUGAACCUUAUCGAGCCGUCCAUCAGGGGAAGGAGCCCAAGCCCUGGGAGUAGAACCCAUAUCCCGAGAGACAUCAUUGAUCAGUUCCAAGGCGAUUUGUAUGGGCGAAAGCGACACAAGCAUCACCCCAGCAUGCCCGCGAACUCCCCUACACGGGUCCCUAUAGCUAAGGAGACCAAGGGGAUUAUUAUCGGCACGGGUAUCUCCAUCCCAGGCUGGAGACAGCCACGAACUCGAACCCCCUUACAGUUCAUGGAGACACCAGGGCGAUACGCCCCUAAGCCUCUAAGGCAGCCGCCCUCCAACUCAAUCCCUAAGUCCAUCAAGAUCUUCCACUUGGCCCCUCCCGAGAGACCACGCCCUAAAAGCACCCCUCCUCGAAUGCCUUCCGCUGAAAAGAACAACUUCGUCGCUGAAGUUCUGUCGGAGUCAUCCCUGCACAGUAAUUCGCAAGAGCAAGCGUCGGUGCCGACCUCGAUGGGAGUUAACGAAGCAAGUUCUGCCAGCAGGUCAGGGUCUGUGCCCCCGCCGCCGUCGCCCGAGGUUCCGAAUAUCGGGGAACCCACGGUAGGAGGUCUGGAGCCUUUGAGAGAAGAAGACGAGCGUAGUUGUAUAGCUGCUUACGAUGGGACGGGGAAUGAAGGUGUGAUGCAGAGGCUUGCUCCUGUGGGUGCAGAAUGGGAGGAGGACUCGGUAGACUUAUCGAAUGAGAAAGAAGGCUUAGCCAAUAAUCUAGAUUUAAAUGACAUUUCAAACGAGUUAAGUCAUCUGAAGGACGAUUUACCGAAUGAUCCGGAUUCAAAGGUGUUGAGUACUUCAGGCGACCACUCGAUAAAGAACUCUGAUCCUGAUAAAAACGAGGUUUCUCGAGAAGAGAAUGUCGCGUUAUCUAAGCAGGUCAAUGCAGACAAACAAGUGAUAGCAGAUGAUGCCUUUGGUGAGCAAGUGAUAGCAAAAAAUGGCACAGGGGAGCAAGUGAUAGCAGAAGAUGGCACAGGGGAGCAAGUGAUAGCAGAAGAUGGCACUUGUGAGCAAGUAAUGGCAAAAGAUGGUUCGACAAGCUUUCGGGAAAAUAAUCAAAUAACCGAGGGUACAGUAACCGAAGACGCUAACCAUUCUGAGGACAACAAUUUUCCCACAGUAACUCUAGUAGAUUCGAAUGCAGAACAAAACGUAGAAAAGACAGAAAGCUUAGGCGAGGAGCAGCAAGGUGGUGCAACUGACGCGGUACUUCAAAAAAUUGGAUUAGAUGAGGCAGAAAAGCCCAAAGAAGACAAGAAUGAGGAUAAGGAAAGUCGUGGAUCCCCUUCACCGCCCCCAGGCUCCCCUGAGGUCGAAUCAAACCCUGACUUCACCGAGGGACUGGACCUCAACUUGGACCUGGAGGCAGAAUUAAAAGCCGCCAUGGAAGGGCUUGAUGGGUUUAGUGUUGACGACGACGAUGGUUAUGCAGACUGUGUUGGAGGGCCCCUUUCAGCAAGGCCCACGUCCCCUGAGGCUUUGUAACGAUUUCUUAGAAACCCUUUCUUAGAAAUUAUGAUGAAAUCUCCAGGAUCUAUCAAGGGCCCUUGAAUGAUUUGGUAGACAGACAUUUAAUUCCGUUUUUAAGUUAAGAAUAGAAUAGGAAUUAGUAAAACAAUAUUAUUCUCUAACGCGAAUAUUUUGUAAAUAAAUCACAAAACGAACGAA